AUGAGGUUCCUUCAUUAUUUUCAGAUUGAGCGUUUUUCUUUUUUUGUCGGUAUUUUUGCUUGUAUUCAUUCAAUUUUUUUCUGUUAUUUUGUUGAUAUAUUUUCUUGUUUUUCUUUAUUUUUUCUUUAUUCCUUUCAUAGAAAUUUCGUUGAUUCUCAUUUACCUUUUCUUUAUUUUGUUUUUGGUACUUUCGAUGAUAUUCCUUAUUUUUUUGAUAAUAUUCUUUAUUAUAAUCACUUCUGUUAACCUUUUUGUCUUUCACACUGUUUCU